AUGAGCUACUCCAACUCCCGUGGUGGCUCAGGUUUCCGAUAUCCCCAAAGUCGGCAUGACCUACGUGGUUUAGUUGCCCGCGUGCGCAACGCUGCUUAUUCCUACAUCGACGACUCGAAGAACCAGCCCGGAGCUGGGUUUGGAUAUAGACGAUUUCCUACAUUGUCCUGGCAAAAGGCGAAAUCUCUCCUCCGGGCAUCGUUUUGCGUCGCAAACUUCCUAGCUGUGCUAUGGAUGGUUACAUUGUGGUGGGGUGAAAGGACUGUUUUUCGAGACCUAGUUUCACAAUGCUAUUGGGAUUCUUGGGAGAAAUGGCCCGCCCACGCAACACCCCAUCAUGUCGUGUUUAUAGCCGAUCCGCAACUUGUUGAUCCUCACACAUACCCAGGUCGACCCUGGCCCUUAUCGACUCUUACGGUCAAAUUCACAGAUCAAUACAUGCGACGAUCAUUCUCUUUGAUUGAAGACCAUUUCAACCCGGAUUCGAUUCUAUUCCUUGGUGACUUAUUCGACGGUGGUCGAGAGUGGUCAACUUCAACGAGUCAGUCGCCGGAGGAACAAUACCGGAAAUACGGAGACAAAUUCUGGCUAAAAGAAUAUAACCGAUUUUCUCGUAUAUUCUUUAAUCAAUGGAACAAGGACCGCUCUCCUGAAACUGGGGAGCAUCGCAGUCGCAAGUUGAUUGCUAGUUUGCCAGGAAAUCACGACCUUGGAUUCGGAAGUGGUGUGCAACUUCCAGUUCGGCGACGCUUUCAAGGAUACUUUGGCCGUGGCAACCGGGUUGAUAUUAUAGGCAAUCACACUUUUGUUUCAGUGGACAGUGUUUCUCUCUCUGCGAUGGACCAGCCUGAUCCUGAAACCGGUAGUACUGGGAAUGGAGCUGGCGAUGGUCAUCAGCCAAACCAAGCAAUCUGGGGUCCAACGGAGGAAUGGCUAAAGGGCGUCAAAGACAUGAAGGCCCGUCUCGAAACAGAAGAGCUUCGAUUUAUGCGAAAUGAGACCGAAGGUUUCAAACUUCUUCAUGGUCUUCAUGAAGCAUCGGCGGAUACUGUUGUUCAAAAGGCCCCCAUUGAAUCGCAGGGAUUUCCGACUAUCUUGCUCACCCACGUACCAUUGUUCCGAAAGCCUGCAACGCCAUGCGGUCCUUUACGCGAACGUUAUCCACCCGCUUCUGUUGACCCUUUACCUGAGGAGGACGAGGCGAAUGCUUUGAAGGUCGCUGGUGGUUACCAGUAUCAGAACGUUCUUACACCGACAAUUUCGAACGCAAUUAUGUCGAAAAUUGGCCCCGAGGUCUCCCACGUCUAUUCCGGAGACGAUCACGAUUACUGCGAGGUUACUCAUCGGGAAUAUAGUGGAUCGCCGAAGGAGAUCACUGUGAAAAGCCUGUCUUGGGCAAUGGGGGUACGGCAUCCAGGGUUUUUGAUGACUACACUGUGGAAUCCAAUUGAUCCAAAGAACGGGAAAUCUCUUGAGGAAACGUCACGGCCGACAAUUCAAAACCAUCUAUGCCUUCUUCCGGAUCAACUAUCAAUCUUUAUAUACUACGGUAUCAUCUUCUUCGUUACCAUUGUUGUCCUCGUCAUUCGAGCCAUGGCCGUCACAUUCAUGUCCUUUGGCAAGCCCAUGGACUACGAGCCCGCGCUACCGAUUAGCGAGCUUCCAGGCCAUUCCCGAACCUCCAGCCGUACAUCAACUUCGCCAUAUAGCAGGAUCACCGGUGCAACAUCAGGUGGAGAACCCCGACUAGGAAAUCGCAAUAAUUCCACUUUGGCAGAAUCCACUUACCGUAUUGAUGAAGACGUGCAAGCAAGCUCUCAGCGCUAUGACGACUGGAAAAAGCAGGGUGGAAGUGACUGGGACGACGACGACAGAGGAACCGCUAAGCUCUUAUCAUCAUACAAUCGUCAGUCGGGCCGUGAAUGUGUCGGACCGUCAUCUAGCACCGGGCGAUUCGUGUUUGAAUUGAAGAACAGCAUCAAGCACGUUGCUAUCAUAGUCCUUCCGUUUUAUUUUUGGUUAUUGUUAAGAUGGUGA